GACGGCCGGCCCGGGCCGGGAAGCGGGGUCCAGGCCGGGCUCUGCGCGCCGCAGCCCGCCCGAGCUCCUGUCCUCCCCGGGCCUCCGUGUCCGCGCCGUGGAGGGGCCGGGGCCUCCACUCGCCCUUCCCGGCCGCCUGCGCGCGCGGCGACGAGCCGGGCCCCGGCCCGGGCGGACCUGCACGGACGCGGCCCAGCCCGCCGAGAGCCGCAUCCCGCGGUGGGGUGGGAGUGCGGGGCGCGCAGUAAACACGUGGGCAAACAGGGCAACGUCAGCUGGUGGGAGGUGCCAAGAGGAUGAGGAGCGGGCCCUCGAGGAGGGUUCAGCCGAGCAAAGCCUUGGACCUGGAGACCUGUGAGGCCUGCAUCCACUUAAUCAUGGAGAGGAUUGCCUCGGGCCACCAGCCCCUUGGGUGAGGCCUCUGCCUGGGGCUCCGUGGAUGGUUCCGAAUCAUGGAGGCGAAGAGGACUCCUCCAGCCAGGAGACCUUGUUGAAAGUCGUGGCCCAGCUCGGCCGGCUCUCCCUGCGGCUGUUUUCGGGAGGGGUGCCUGCCCCCACUGACCCAGAGCGAGGGAGUUGGAGCUUCCCCGGAUGGGGAGGUGGGCCCUCGACGUGGCCUAUGUGUGGAAGGCAGUGUUGACUCUGGGGCUGGUCCUUCUCUACUACUGCUUCUCCAUCGGCAUCACCUUCUACAACAAAUGGCUGACGAAGAGCUUCCACUUCCCGCUCUUCAUGACGAUGCUGCACCUGGCCGUGAUCUUCCUGUUCUCUGCCCUGUCCAGGGCCCUGGUUCAGUGCUCCAGCCACAGGGCCCGUGUGGUGCUGAGCUGGACGGACUACCUCAGGAGAGUAGCUCCCACAGCCCUGGCGACAGCGCUUGACGUGGGCUUGUCCAACUGGAGCUUCCUCUACAUCACCGUCUCGCUGUACACAAUGACCAAGUCUUCCGCUGUCCUCUUCAUCUUGAUCUUCUCCCUGAUCUUCAAGCUGGAGGAGCUGCGUGCGGCCCUGGUCCUGGUGGUCCUCCUCAUCGCCGGGGGCCUCUUCAUGUUCACCUACAAGUCCACGCAAUUCAACGUGGAGGGCUUUGCCUUGGUGCUGGGGGCCUCAUUCAUCGGUGGCAUUCGCUGGACCCUCACCCAGAUGCUCCUGCAGAAGGCGGAACUUGGGCUCCAGAACCCCAUCGACACCAUGUUCCACCUGCAGCCACUCAUGUUUCUGGGGCUCUUCCCUCUCUUCGCCAUCUUUGAAGGUCUCCAUUUGUCCACGUCUGAGAAGAUCUUCCGUUUCCAGGACACCGGGCUGCUCCUGGGGGUACUAGGGAGCCUCUUCCUUGGAGGGAUCCUCGCCUUCGGUCUGGGCUUCUCUGAGUUCCUCCUGGUCUCCAGAACCUCCAGCCUCACUCUCUCCAUUGCUGGCAUUUUUAAGGAAGUCUGCACUCUGCUGUUGGCAGCUCAUCUGCUGGGGGAUCAGAUCAGCCUCCUGAACUGGCUGGGCUUCGCCCUCUGCCUCUCGGGCAUAUCCCUGCAUGUUGCUCUCAAAGCCCUGCACUCCAGAGGUGAUGGUGGCCCCAAACCCUUGAAGGGCCUGGGCUCCCACCCUGACCUGGAGCUGUUGCUGCGGAGCGGCCAGCCGGAGGAAGAGAACAAUGAGGAGGAGGACUACUUUGGGGCCCAGGGGCAGCAGUGACCAGCCAGGGGACCUGCUGGGAGCCAGGCUGCUCCCAAGCCUCACACCUCACAGCAGCCUGGGGACCCGGGUGGCUCUUCACAACAGCCGGGGAGCAGUGGGCCAGGACUCUCCCGGGCUGGGCCUCGGGGAGCACGGGACCACAUGGCAGGGCUUGGUCAGGGAACUGGUCGAACAGAGGGGCGAGCGUCAGACCAGAGCAGGGCCUAAGCCGCGCUGGAGUCACAGCGGGACAAGGGAGCGGGCUGGUCUCAGCUGCUUGCCAGGCUCUGACAGCCCAGGUGGUGAUUUCCGGGGGAGAGCAGGUUUCUAAGGGGACCGGGUUUAGACUGCGGAGCGGUUGGGAAGGGUUGAUGGAGAGCCUGGAGCCUCAUCACCUGGAGCCCAUCUUUUCUCAGUACAGGUCUAUUUAUAGUUUGGAAAUAAAGGAUUUACGGUCCACUGGCCUAGACUGGCCUAGUGUUGCCUAGAGGGGUGGGGGUGGGAGGGGGCGGUGUGGGCCUUGCUCUCCCGUUCUUCCCCUGCCUGGGACCUUCAGAUGACUGGUCAGACUCCAGGCUUCCUGCAUCUCUUGUACUCCUCUCGGGGCCCCAGCACACCGACAGGCAGGAAAAAAUACGUGCGGAGCACUAUUCUGGGGCGGUUAGUGCUUUCACAGCGUGGAUUUGAAUCCUGACUGUCACUUUGAGCUGUGUGACCUUGAGCAAAUUACUUAACCUCUCUGUACCACAGUAUUUUUCUCUGUGAAAUGGGAAUAAUUAUCUCAGUUGUUCAGAUCGAGUCAAUAUUGAUAACAGAUUAAAUGUUAUAUAUAUAA